CCCUAUCCCACAACGUGCACCACAGAAUUUGGCGAAAAUCGAGCCGGAACCUUGAACUCAGAGGAAGCAACCCCGACAACGACAACUUCGACAAUCAACCGCCAAAAUGAGAACGUACGACGAUACUUUCUCCGGCCAGCGGAUCUACCCUGGCAAGGGUAAGCUGUACGUCCGUGGCGACAGCAAGAUCUUCCGGUUCCAGAACGGCAAGUCCGAGUCGCUCUUCCUCCAGCGCAAGAACCCCCGCCGCAUUGCCUGGACCGUCCUUUACCGGAGACAACACCGCAAGGGUAUCUCUGAGGAAGUCGCUAAGAAGCGCACCCGCCGCACCGUCAAGUCGCAGCGGGCGAUCGUCGGUGCCUCCCUCGAUGUGAUCAAGGAGAAGCGCUCGAUGCGCCCCGAGGCGCGGAGCGCCGCCCGCCUGGCCGCUAUCAAGGAGAGCAAGGAGAAGAAGCAGGCUGCGCAGGCUGCCAAGAAGGCUGAGAAGGCCAAGAGCGCUGCCCAGGCUGCCAAGGGCCAGUCCCAGGGCCGCAUCGCCAGCAAGCAGGGUGCGAAGGGUGCGCCGGUGAAGGUUGCCGCCAAGAGCCGUUAAAGUGUCUCUCUCUCUCUUUGGUGGUUGCUAGUCCCGGUGGAAGGGUGCGAUGUUCUUCUCGAGGCGAAUGGGAAGCCAGGUCGUGAGAGGAGCACGGUAGAUGAAUGGGUUAUCUUGCGGUCUUGCCUGUGGCCGGAAGGGAAAACGCUGGAGUCGGUCGGUCGGUACUCGGUUUUUCACCUGCUCAGCUCUAUUUAAGGGGUUUUGCUCUCAAACAAGUUGAUGAAACCAGCUUGUUUUCUGGAAGAGCCGGUUGCAUGGACCCUGCGUAACGGGUAAAGGACAUUUGCAUGGGUAGCUCACGGAAUGCCGACAUGUGCAUUGGUCUGAAGCAACAGACACGGCGGGUACGCAGAGUGG